GCGACCUUCGACUACUUUCUGCGCCCUCUUUCUCCCCGCAUUCGACUUUCACACUUCUUUUCUUUGAUUUGUCCAUCUUAAAUCUCUUUAUUGGAAUAUUGAACCUUCUCCAUUAAUUGUCAGAGCUAGUGUUCUCCAUACACAAUGAGUGCCCACGUUGUGGUGAUCGACGCGACAGCCAGGCGGGCAACAGUCAAGACUACUCCCACCAAACACUUGACCGAUAUCCUACAAGAAGCAUGUUCGAAGCUUGGAUACAAUGCUAGUCAGUACUCAUUAAAACACAAUCGCAAGCAGUUAGAUCUUUCUCUUUCAUACCGUCUGUCUGGUCUCAUCUCCGGUGCAAAGCUUGAACUUGUUCAACUCUCUCGCUCCCCGUCAGUCGUAACCGUCGGCUUGCAACUACCCGAAUCUGAAGCUCGUGGUGCCCCGAAUGGCCGCAUACUUGAUAAGUUCCCUAGUACGACUACACUAUGGAUGGUACUACGGAAGUUCGAGGCCGGAGUUGCAGGGACUGGCCCGGUACGGAAUCUCACUUCACGGGCAGUGCCCUCUGCCGAGGGUGGAGAUGUCGCCGGACGACUGUACUAUGAGAUCCCCGUCCUUCAGAUCUUGGAACCCCAGCUAGGUUUCAACAAUGGCAAUGUUCUUAUUCGACUCAGUUUCCGACGGACUGAGGAGCCUAUCGAAGAAGCCAUGCUCAAGAUUGGCGAGUUCUUCAAGUCCUCGGAGGAUGAGGUUCCUUCGGCACAGGAUAAGAACGCAGUGCCAACAGCAGCUCUUGUUGACAGCACAAGCAAGGAGCCUGCUCAAGAGCUCUCCAGCUCAUUGCAGCCUAAGACCUCCAGCGUCACCGCCGCAUCGGACGAAGUUGCCGCUCCCCCAUACAUCUCCGAACCGGCCACUUCCACAGCCGACUCUGGCCGAACAAUUACUGUCUUCUCCCCUCCCUCGGAAGACACUCCUUCGUCGGCAAAAUUAGACUACAACGAGAGUGAUUACAUUCCCUCUAUUGAGCACGCAAAACUGCACCAGCGGUUACUCAACGAGUCCUCUCGCCCAAAACGCUUGCCAACGGACGCCGAGAUCGCCGCCAAGGCAGAGGCAGAAGCAGCAAGGCGAGCAGCAAUUCAUGAGGUCAGUGUGAAGAUCCGUUUCCCGGAUCAGAGCCAAGUGGUCGCCAAAUUUGGGACCUCGGAUACAGGACUGUCGUUGUAUGAAUUCGCACGAGGGUGUCUCGCUCCACCGUUCGCCAGUGAGAACUUCACUCUCACUGUCCACGGUGUAUCACGAUCCAAGCAUACAACUGCCAUACCUCCAUCAGACAAUAAGCAUCUGAUUAAAGAUCUAGGACUGGCUGGCCGUGUGCUUGUCAAUUUCUCUUGGGCUGAUAACGCUGCCUCGUUUGUUCAUGAACGUCGAGCGGAGAUUCUACGCCCCGAGCUUCGGAGCCAGGCUCAACAGCUCAAGGUGGAGCAACCGCCAGAGCUCAAGGAGGAAGAUGUGCCUAGUCCCUCACAGCCGGGUCCGAGUAGCGCUCAGGAUGGUGGUGAUAAGCCCAGCGGGGCACGAAAGAGUGGCGGUAUGCCUAAGUGGCUGAAGCUACCGGGUAAGAAAUGA